UAUCUCUCUCUCUCUCUCUCUCUCUCUCUCUCUCUCAGACGCCCAAAAGUGGAGUCUUCAAAUUUUCCAGAAAUCCUCCUUGUUCCAUUAAUUUUUUUCAUCUUUUGGUUCGAAAAGAAAGGGGAAUUUGAUUGGAUUUGAUUUAAUUUGUCGUGGAGAGCCCAAUAAUGACUCUGUUAAGUUAGUUGAUCAGGAAUUCUUCAACGGUGAGCCUUAUAUUGAUAUGAAGACUCCACAGAUUCAGAAUCCGUGGAACUUACCAGCUCAAAAAUUCAAAAUAACCUAAGAAGAUGUUUGAAAGAAAUUGCUUACCUCCGAAUGAGCAUCUUUUUAUGGAGGCCUGCUACUUCCUCAUCGCUGUAGCCUGUAUUUUUUAUCGACCCUUGUGAAGAAAGAUGAAAAAAACCAUGUUUUUCAAGCUCUCAAUUGUGGUGUGCCUGAUUGUGGCCUUAGUAGUCUCAGCUGCUUCUGAAGGUCCUAAUUUCAUCUUCAAUGGCUUCCAAUCUGCAAAUCUAUCACUCGAUGGGAUGGCUGUUGUUACCCCAAAUGGCCUCCUGCAACUGACCAACGAGACCAGGCAAAGAAUUGGCCAUGGGUUUUAUACUAAUCCUGUAAAUUUUGUCAAUUCCUCUUAUGGCGUUUCGUCCUUCUCAACCACUUUCGUCUUUGCCAUUAUAUCUGAAUACCCAAAUCUAAGCGGCCAUGGAAUUGCCUUUGUGGUGGCUCCGACGAGAACUUUUCCCGGAGCUCAGCCAAGUCAGCAUCUUGGCCUUUUCAAUGACGGCAACAACGGUAACACAAGCAACCAUAUUUUUGCCGUAGAGCUCGACACAAUUCAGAAUUUAGAGUUGAAAGAUAUCGAUGCGAAUCACGUUGGCAUAGAUAUAAAUGGGUUGACCUCUGAGAGAGCUGCAACUGCUGGAUUUUAUCCCGAGAACAAUGGGACUUUAAGAAAUUUGACUCUUAUAAGUGGCCAACCAAUGCAGGUUUGGGUCGAAUAUGAUGGUAUCCACAAAGAAAUCAACGUCACUUUGGCGCCAAUCAACAUACCCAAACCCCAAAUUCCACUCUUGUCUUACUCUCGUGACCUUUCAUCUGUCAUAAACAACAGCUCCAUGUUCGUCGGGUUUUCAUCCUCCACUGGCUCGGUUUCAACUUCUCAUUAUGUUUUAGGAUGGAGUUUCAGAUUAAACGGGCAGGCUCGAAGACUUGACAUUUCCCACCUGCCAAAGCUACCUCGGAAAAAACAAACAUCCAAGUUUUUAACAAUUGGGUUGCCUUUAAUUUCUGGAGGGGUUAUUUUGUUGGUGAUUUUAGGCAUUGUUCAUGUUGUCAGAAGGAAGAGGAAGUUCGCCGAGUUGCUCGAGGACUGGGAGCUUGAUUAUGGGCCUCACAGGUUCAAAUACAAAGACUUAUACGUGGCUACAAACGGAUUUAAAGAGAAAGAGGUUCUGGGUUCUGGCGGAUUUGGACGAGUCUACAAAGGGGUAUUACCAAAAUCAAAACUUGAAAUCGCUGUCAAGAGGAUUUCUCAUGAAUCAAGGCAGGGAAUGAAAGAAUUUGUGGCUGAGAUUGUUAGUCUUGGGAGGCUUCGACACAGAAACCUUGUACAGCUUUUAGGCUACUGCAGACGAAAAGGAGAGCUGCUUUUAGUAUAUGAUUACAUGCAGAAUGGAAGUUUAGAUAAGUACCUGUUUGGCGAAACAAAUCCUAGUCUGAAUUGGAGCCAGAGGUUUCGAAUCAUCAAAGGGGUGGCCUCGGGGCUGCUUUACCUUCAUGAAGAAUGGGAGCAAGUUGUGAUUCACAGAGAUGUCAAAGCCAGUAAUGUCUUGCUAGACAGUGAGUUAAACGGAAGAUUGGGAGAUUUUGGGUUGGCGAGACUGUAUGACCAUGGAACAGACCCUCAAACAACACACAUAGUGGGAACGCUCGGAUAUUUGGCUCCAGAACACAUCAGAUCCGGCAGGCCGACGACCCACAUGGAUGUGUAUGCUUUUGGGGCAUUUCUGCUGGAGGUUGCAACAGGAAAGAGGCCAAUAGAGAUUCGGGGAAUGACAGAAGAUGUAAUACUGCUGGAUUGGGUGUUUUUAUGUUGGGCGAGAGGAGCCAUUGUCGACGCCAAGGAUCCAAAAUUGGGAUCAGAUUAUGUAGUAGAGGAAAUGGAAAUGGUUCUGAAACUUGGAUUGUUGUCUUCUCAAUCCAACCCAAUGGCGAGGCCAAGCAUGCGCCAAAUUGUACAGUACUUGGAAGGCGAUACUCCCAUGCCAGAGAUGGCUUCUAUAGAUACUUCAGGCGGUGGAUUUGAAGGUUUUGAUGAUCUUGCCAUGUCCUACUCUUCCUUGGAUAAGGCUCUCGCAUAUUCUACUUCUUCCUUUGUGAGGGGUUUCGCCCAUUCUUCCGAUGCUCAGUCUCUUCUGUCUGGUGGCCGUUGAAUAUAACCCAUCCAUCAACACAGUUGGUCAACAGAUUGCGAUUGUACCUGAAAUCAACAAUGUAUUUUGUACCCAGUUUGUGAGUACAGUGCUACUUAUAAAAAUAAAGCUUCUUGAAACUCAUGGUUA